AUGACUAUUAUAAGUUGGUGCUGGGAGAAGAUACGGUGUGCGUAUGCGGCGUGUAAGCGCUUUAUAUUAUGUCGCAGCGUCGAAAACAUCGAAAUGGAUCAACCGGAUCGUCCGGAUCGCGUCCAUCACGUGGAUUUACCCGCAAGAGUGGGAGAGCAAAACCCGUCGAUCCAGAUGCAGUUGGUGGGUCCGUUGUCGCAACAGCGUCGCCGACCCGACGUCCAGCCGAUAGGCAUGCGACGAUUCUCCGACCCAGAAAAAGUGGCGGCCGUGUUCAAGGCCUGCAAGGAGCUUCAGAUUCCGAUCGGCGAAAACCACUUCGAAGGCGACAACGAUGGAAGUGGUCCUGUUUCGUAGACCCAAAAGAAAACGGCGCGAACCGAACCGAAAAAAAAGAAAAGAAUAUCGAUAAUAUUAUAUAUCGGUAGUGCAUAAUUUAGUGUGAAUUGUCAAACUUGC